AUCCGUCCAGUGGAUCUAAUCAUCUAUCUCGAAGCCCCAGACGAGAUCCUCAUGGAAAGACUCAUAAAUCGUGGUCUGACAUCCGGACGACUGGACGACAAUGAAACAAGCAUCAACAAACGACUCAUCACUUUCCACGAACACACCGAACCCAUCGAAACAGCGUACAAAAGGCGUGUGCACAAGGUACCCAUAUAG